GGAUCGCGAAAUAUCAUUGCUAUAGUCGUGGCAGUGUUGGUCGUUGACGAACUCCUGGUUCUUGUCUACAAUUAUUUAGGAGCGAGAAGACCAAGACACAAACCUAUCCAAAGUAUGUAAUCACCACAAUUGUCUCCAGCUAGUAGCUACUUGUCUUACGACCACUUCAAUAGACAACCUAGUCCAGCCAGAUCGAGGAACACUACAAUGGCCAUGAUUCCUUUGAUGAUGAUGAUACUGCUGUUGCUGUUUAAAUUUCCUUCUGUCGUCCUUGCCACACUCAAAUCUGAUGAAGCCAACCUCGAGCUAGUAUUCACAUACCAUAAAUGUAACGAAGAGCUCGGAAACUUUACCACUGAGACCUACUCCAACAACCGGAAUGUCCUUCUGUCCAAUAUGUAUUCUGACAAAGAAAUUGAGAAUGGCUUCUACAAUUCCUCAUACGGCGAAGGCCCUGACAAAGUUUACGGUAUCGGCUUCUGCAGAGGAGAUGUUAAGCCAGAUAAAUGCCGUAGUUGCCUGGAAAAGUCCUCGACACUUCUCACCGAUCGAUGUCCAGUACAGAAAGAGGCGAUUGGAUGGUAUGACCUAUGCAUGUUACGCUACUCCAACCGCUCAAUAGUUGAGCAACCAGUUACUGAUACUGACGACAUCAUCAAAUGUAGCAACACUAACGCCACAAACAAAGAUCGGUUUGAUAAAGAGCUUGAUGACUUGGUGGUGAGAAUGAGAAGCAGGUCUGCAGAGGGUGACUCACGUCUCAAGUUUGCAGAGGGAGAGGCUCCGGUUCAAUCAAGCAAUGAAACCAUACAUGCUCUCCUUCAGUGCGUGCCUUAUUUGUCUCACCAAAACUGUACUCGAUGCUUGGAGUACGCUAUGUCCAGGAUUUCAUAUUGGUGUGAUGGAAAAACAGGUGGUUGGUAUCUAGGACGAAGCUGUUCUUUAAGAUAUGAGACCUACCUCUUCUUUGAGCUCAUAUUCCACGAUGCACCAGCACCACAGCCUUCCCAACCUGCAGUUACCCCUACAAAAGAUUUUCCGAAAAAGACCAACCCAUCGCGAAAUAUCAUUGUUAUAGUCGUGCCAGUGUUCGCCGUUGCCAUUGUCGUUGUGGGACUCAUAGUUCUUAUCUACAAUUAUUUUGGAGCGAGAAGACCAAGACACAAACCUAUCCAAAGUGAAGGUGAUGGUGAAGGUGAUGGUGAAGGUGAAGGUGAGCUUGAUAAUGACAUUAAAACAGAUGAGUUAGCGCAAUUUGAAUUUGCUACCAUCAAAUUUGCAACAAAUAACUUCUCUGAUGCAAAUAAGCUUGGUCAAGGUGGAUUCGGAAUUGUUUAUAAGGGUACGCUCUCUGAUGGACAAGAAAUUGCAAUUAAAAGAUUGUCUAUCAAUUCUAACCAAGGAGAAACAGAAUUUAAGACUGAAAUUUCGCUAACAGGAAAGCUUCAGCACCGAAACUUAGUUAGACUACUUGGCUUCUGUUUUGCAAAAAGAGAAAGAUUAUUGAUAUAUGAGUUCGUUCCCAAUAAAAGCCUUGAUUUUUUCAUAUUUGAUCCAAACAAACGUGGGAAUUUGAAUUGGGAAAGACGCUACAAUAUCAUAAGAGGCAUCGCUCGCGGUCUUCUUUACCUUCAUGAAGAUUCUAGAUUACAAGUUGUUCAUCGUGAUCUCAAAAUAAGUAACAUUUUGUUGGAUGAAGAGUUGAACCCCAAAAUAUCAGAUUUUGGCAUGGCAAGAUUAUUUGAGAUCAAUCAAACUGAAGCCAAUACAAAUACAGUUGUCGGGACCUUUGGAUAUAUGGCUCCUGAGUAUAUUAAACAUGGGCAGUUUUCAGUCAAGUCAGACGUUUUUAGUUUUGGUGUAAUGAUGUUGGAAAUUGUAUGCGGCCAAAGAAACAGUAAGAUUCGUGGUAAUGAGGAAAAUGCAGAAGAUCUAUUAAGCUUUGCAUGGAAAAACUGGAGGGGAGGGACAGUUUCAAAUAUUGUAGAUACCACACUGAAGGAUUAUUCUUGGGAUGAAAUAAAGAGAUGCAUCCAUAUUGGAUUACUAUGCGUUCAAGAAGAUAUAAAUGGCAGACCAACUAUGAAUUCUGUUUCAAUAAUGCUUAACAGCAGCUCUUUCUCCCUUGCUGAACCUUCUGAACCUGCAUUUUUAAUGCGUGGUAAAAGUCAAUUGCCUAUGAUUAUGCUGUCUGGUAGUGAGCAAUAUUCAGAGGCAACAAAGUCAAGUGAUUCAGGAAGUCAAUUUGCUCAAGGAUCAUCAAAUAAGGCUCCAAUCACCGAGCCAUAUCCUCGUUAGAUAUUUUUUAAGCGAAUUGGGCAAAAAGGAAAUGAUUUUGAAAACAAGAUAUCAACUUUUGAAACUUCAUCCUUUGGAGUUGACAAGCCCGUACCCUCCCUGGUUAUUUUGUAAUAUGAUGCUUGUUCUAGAUUCCUUGCACUUUGCCACAUCCAGUUUCUUUUUCAUUCUUGUAUUUUUUGUGGUUUUUUCUUUUCUUUUUGGAAACCAGUGGUGUUUGUUUUCAGAUUCCGCGCGUGCCUCCAUUGUUGAUCAACUAUAAACAUAUAAGAGACAUGAUAUGUUUGGCAAUUAAUAAAUUUGAGUAAUUAAUUAUUUUCCCUAAA